UUCAGUAUUAUAAUUAGUUAAAUCAAAUACUAGACAGUUAUUUGUAUACAAAAAAAUUCGAAUAGAUCGAUAUAACUCGUCCAAACAAGUCUUUUGGCUUCUCCACAGAUCUGUUCCAGCUCAUGCUAUGGAUUCUUCUUCAUUAAAGGGUUUCGAGCUUGGGAAGCUUGUGUUGAGGUCCGGUCUCUUACAAAGCUCAUGGAGUAAGAUCUCCCAUAUACAUGAAUCACCCUAUUCGAAUCAAGAUUCAGGUCUAGGUGUCAAGUUUUACACAGAAGGCAAAUCCACAUUUGUAGUCUUUGGGGCGCCACCGAUUCGCAGAAACAGCUAUGGUCUUACUCGUCUUUCUGGCUCAGAAUAUGAAAACAACCCGUUUCAUUUCCUCUGCUCCGAGAAGAUCUCCUCCUUCUCUGUUUACACAACUUCCUUUGAGCUUUUUGCUUCUGCCUUUUAUCGAAAUCUCCCUGAACUCAAAUCUAAGUUGCUGGGGUUGCUCAAGCUUGAGAAACCGGUGAUCAUCACUGGAGCUGCUUUAGGAGGAUCUGUGGCAUCUCUCUUUACGUUGUGGCUUCUUGAAAAUAUCGAUCCAAAGCUAAAACGCCCUUUAUGCAUCACUUUCGGCUCGCCUUUAAUCGGAGACGCUUCUCUUCAACAGAUUCUUGAGAAUUCCCUGAGGAAUGCAUGUUUCCUUCAUGUGGCUGAGGCUGGACUAACUCAGGCUAUCCAGGCCGAUUUGUUCAAGCCUUUUGGAACGUUCUUGAUCUGUUUUGAUUCCAAAUGUAUUUGCUUCGAGGACCCUGAGGCGGUCUUGGAGUUGCUGGUAGGUGAUAACACGGAUGGUCGAGUAGACUGGAGAGACUACGGUGGAAUCCUAGAGCGUCUGGACCAGUCCUUAAUGACGGAUUCGAGACUGAUGAUCGAUGAUGUUAUUGAUCGAAUGGAGGAACGUGGAAUUAGGAAGAAGCUGCGUUUUGAUCAGCUUAAGAAACUAAACGACAUGAAGAUAUCACUGAUGCAUAUAGAGUGGUACAAAAAGAUGAGCAAGAUGAACAAGAUUGGUUACUACGAUCGGUACAAGGCUAGAGUGGUUUCAACUGUUGAUAUAGAUCUUGAGAAGAGGAAGAAAGAGUUGAAUGAGUUCUGGAUAAAAAUGGUUGAAGAAGUCGAGAAGAUGCCUCAGAGUGAAAAAUCGAUUCUCAAGACACGGUGUCUCUUUGCGGGGAACAACUACAGACGAAUGAUCGAACCGCUCGACAUUGCUGAAUAUUACCUCGACGGUCGUAAAGGCUACCGAACCUUAGGAAGGUCACGCCACUAUGUUAUGCUCGAGAAAUGGUUUGAGGCAGAAAAUAUUAAAACGGUUAGGUGUAAAAAGAGAGAUUUGAGUGAUCUUUUAACGUUUGAUUCUUGCUUUUGGGCUGAAGUUGAGGAAUCGUUGAUUCUUACCAAUCAGCUAGCGACACAAGUGGGGAUGAUGACAAGUGAGGAGAGAGCGGUAUUAACCGGAAAACUCGAGAGGUUUGAGGCAUACGUGUGGGGGAUGAUCGAAAAACGUGAGGUUUCGCCGGAGAUAUUCUUGGAGGACAGCAGUUUCAUGAAGUGGUGGAGAGAGUACAAAGUGAUCAAAGGCUUUAAUUCUGCACCUUCACUCUUCACCGAGUUUAUGAACACAUGGAAGUAUGAGAGUUAUGGCCAGCCACUCUAAUGGAAAUAGUUAGUAGUUCAUUUACAACGAGAGUAUAGUAAUAAUUUCUUGGAAAUUUCGUUACCAAUUUCUUCCCGUUUACAAAAAAAAGGGCAACAUGAUUAUAAAAAAGCAAAAGCAAAAGUUGAAAGAAAAAAAAAGCAGAGUUUUGCUGAUAUGUCAUUGUGAAAGUGACAAAAGCGAAAUAAAAUAAAGGUGAUUGAUGUGUUCUUGGUAA